AUGACACUGGGGUGUGAGGUCGAGACCAACCUGAGGGCAGAAAGCCGUUUUUCUCCCGAUGAUAUCACGCGUUUUGGCGAUUCCGACGACCGAGCUGCCGUCGCAGAGUUUGCCUCCCGCGUCUGCAGCUAUUUUGACAACUACAUGGAGCGUCAUGGGAAAGCCGGCAGGAUGCGCAUCAAGGGCGACCCGCGCUACGGGUCAGGAUACUCCAUCGCCUUGUGGACUAUCGAGCGGGAUGGCAGUAUUCGGAAGGAUCAUGCGCGGCAGGUCUCGAUGGAGAUUGUGUCGCCUAUAAUGGCCUAUGAUAUGACAGAAAUGUGGCGCGACGAAGUAAAGUCAAUGUUUCGGUCUGUGGGAGACAGAUACUUGUUUGAAGCCAAUGAAAGCUGCGGUUUGCACGUCCAUCUGAAGCCCUCCAUGUGCUGGAACAUGAAGGACCUCCGCGCCCUGUCAAAGGCCAUCGUCUACUUCGAGCCAUGCCUACAGGCUCUCCUACCGUCACACCGUGCGAGGGGUAACUUCUACUGCAAGCAAAACUACACAGAAAACCCCUACCUGAGCUCCGAGAGCAUCGGUCGCUGCUUCGAAAUAAUCAACGACAUGAGCGGCAUCGCGGACCUCAAGAAGGUGAUGAACCACGACCGCACGGGCGGCCACACCAGGUACUACGCCUGGAACUUCACGAACCUCUCGUGGAACGUGGAGAGGCAGAAAAUCGACGGCACGGUCGAGUACCGCAACCCGCCGUACGCCAACAGCGCCGGCGCGUGCCUGGCAUGGAUGGAGAUGGCGCUCACGUUCACGAGCGCCGCGAGGAAGGCCGCCGCCCGGGGCGCCAAGAUCAGGCGGAGGUUCUCGAGGGACCUGCCUGGGCUGAGGGAGUUCCUCGAGUACGGGGCUGUGCAGUGGACCCAUAGGUCCGAUUACGAGAAAUUGUUCCCUCGGCGUAGGCGUUAA